AUGUUCCAGGGGCCCGACGCCGCGCCCCAGGGGCCGAGCUCCGGGAGAGCCGCCAGGGCCGACGAGAGAGUGCCUCGUCGGAGGGUUGUGGGCUCGUGCUUCGGAAGGGGGCGUGGCGACGUCCUCGGGGCGGGCCUGGGGAACACGGACAAGGGCGCGGUCAUCGUCGACAUCCAGGAGCACGGGCUGUUCGACCUCUGGAACAGGGCCCACGACCUCCCCCCCCUGCGCCCGGGGCUCAUCAUCACGGAGGUGAACGGGAGCACGGGCUAUUGGGACAUCCUCGGCGAGCUUCAGCGGCCUGGUCUCCUGAGCAUAAGGGUUUCCGCGGAGCCGCCGUGGAACGCGGGGCCAAACUGGUUCCAGGAGAUCACCGAGAUGGGGAAGACGCUGCAGGAGACGACCUGGGGCGGCAAUCGCCCGUUUAUGGUGAGGCUCGAGCAGGACGGCGCCGGGGACCAGUUCUCCAGCCUGUCGACCGUGAGGGCGGGGGACUGCGGUGUCGAUCAGUGCGCCAUCUGCAUGGACGACGUCGCCCCUGACGAGUCCUUGGUGCAGCUGCCUUGCAGGCACGCAUUCCACGCCCUCUGCGCGGCGCGGUGGCUGACGCAGCCCGGCGGCCAUUCGCGGGGCAAGCGCCAGCGCUGCCCCCUCUGCUGCCAGAAGGUGGUGCCGUCGCCCGGCGGAGGCUGCGACGUCGCCCGUGAGUGCCCUCGCGGGGGCGCCUGA